AUGAGUGCGUUUGUGGCUGAGGCGCCGAUGAUGUUGUACUAUCAGCGGUAUGAUGCACCAGGCACUCCCAGCAACCCCACCCGUGUCUCAGCGCGCAGUGUCUCCAUGAAGGUUCCGCCAGCGCCGACUCCAAAGCCGAAGCCGAAGGAGCUGCAGUACCCUGCGGUGGAUCCUUCCCUCUACAUGUGCCGUCGCAACUCGUCCAGGGAGGCUCUUGGCAUGUUUCGGCGGCGGCACUUGUUUUGCCUCAAGUUUUACUUUAGCACGGACUUUCUUAUUGGUGCCAUUCCCAUGUGCAUCACCGUCGUCUUGAUCAUCGCAAACAUGGCGCUGGUGUGGCACCAAGUUGGCUGGCACGAGUACAUUUUUACACUCUUGAUGCUGGCAACCACCUUCACGUCGCACUUCCUGACCACCUCGAUCGACCCUGGCAUCUAUCCACGCCUGCGCAGCGGCGAAAGGGACCCGCUAGAGGGCAACCUGCAGCUCGUCUUUUGCAGAGAGUGCCAGCUGCGUCGUCCUCCUCGGUGCGCCCACUGCUAUCAAUGUAAUGUAUGCGUGCUGGAGCACGACCACCACUGCAGUGUUCUUGGUGGCUGCGUCGGAGUGCGCAAUCUGCGCUGGUUCACGUUGUAUCUCCUCUCUUGCUGCUCGUCUACGAUGAUCGGUGUUGUCUGGCUAACGCGCUACCUUUUCUACGACCUGUUCACGCCCGAUGAUGAGGAAACCCCUACAGGCCUGAAGGCGCUGCCGACGCCGUACCCAACCAUGCAAGGCGGCCGACGGAGCUUCGCACCCGACGAGCACACGGGCUCUCACCUCGCUGCUAUUCUUGUGCUGCUGCUGGAUGGAAUCGUCGUGAUGUUGGUGGGGGCGAUGUUGUGCAUCUACGUUUACCUCACGCUGUCCUCCACCACACGGCGGGAGUCGAUGCGAAAGCAAAACUCACUCCAUGUGCUGCUGCAGCCGCGAAGAGUGUGGCAAAACUUCAAAAAGGUGCACAGCCCGCCUCCGUCGUUGCUCGACUCCGACGACCACGCUGAUGAGGAGGUGACAAAUCUCAUCUGA